AUGGGGAAAAACAUUUUUUUCGCCAUCGUGAAUGGCGAACCACGAGGUGCGGAGCCAGACUCUGGAUCAACAUCUACCAAUAAUUACAGUGUUUAUCACACUGCGGACGCCGAGCAUGGCGUGCCUUGGGCUUAUGGACGCAUCAAAAAAGGCGAUGUACCUGAAGAAAGGGGAUGGUUUCCACUCUCUUGCUUGCUAGAGCCUGCACAGUGUCCAACAUUGCAGACGAGCACCAUGAGGAUUGAUGAUGUGCGGAGAUCAUCGUGAACUACUUUCUAUCGCAGAGCUGGCAACAUAAACACCAUCUUAGAGAGAUGUUAGUGUUACAUCUUCAUUCAUUGCGCGUAUUUCCCGGCUCUAUUCUCUCGCUUACCACUUAUUAGUGGAAGAUUUUCUACGAC